AUGUCAUACAACAGAGGAAAUAUUGGGGAAACGACACCGCUAUUGAGGAGGAACGUGACUUCGAGGUUCGAUUCGAAGCAGCUACUUCUACGGAGGAUACCGAUCCUAUCAUGGCUACCCCGAUACACUUUAUCCAAACUUCUGCAGGACGUUUUGGCAGGAUUGACCGUUGGUUUGACUGCUAUACCACAGGGCAUAGCUUAUGCAAUUGUGGCUGGACUUCCAGCUCAGUACGGCCUCUACAGCAGUUUCAUGGGGUGCUUCGUCUAUUUGGUGUUCGGUAGCUGCAAAGACAUCACUGUUGGACCUACGGCAAUAAUGGCUUUACUGUCGCAGCACCAUGUUAUAAGACUUGGAGAUGAUAUCGCAGUGCUUCUGAGCUUCUUGACAGGAUGUGUGAUACUGUUCAUGGGAGUACUUCACCUGGGAUUUCUUCUUGAAUUUGUUAGCAUGCCAGUAAUCUCUGGAUUCACUAAUGCAGCUGCCAUGAUAAUUGGAACAUCUCAACUGGGCACGUUGUUUGGUUUGAGUGGCAGAAGCGAUUCGUUUAUCGAUGCAAUUGUUAAAGUUGUCAAUCACGCGAACGAGAUUACUCCCUGGGACCCGUUAUUAGGAGUCUGUUCUAUGAUCAUUCUUGUUUGCUUCAAGAAUUUGCCCGGGAAGAAAAACGGAACGCCGUUCGAAAAAUUCAUGUGGGUAACAUCGUUGGCAAGAAACGCUGUGGUUGUCAUUUUCGGGAUAAUACUGAGCUAUUCGUUGUACGCUUACGAUCUCAAACCUUUUAAAAUUACUGGGAAUAUAACGAAAGGUCUACCACCGUUGGAGCUGCCGCCAUUUUCUAUCGUAAGGGGAAACGAUACGUAUAAUUUUAAAGAGUUAGUCAGUGAACUCGGAAGCACCGUCGUUUCAGUCCCGUUGAUCGCCAUUUUGGAGAGCAUUGCUAUCGCCAAAGCUUUUGCCAGAGGGAAGACUGUUGAUGCUAAUCAAGAGAUGCUAGCUUUGGGACUUUGUAACAUUUUUGGAAGCUUUUCUCGAUCAAUGCCAACCACAGGAAGCUUCACAAGGACCGCCGUAAACAACGCUUCGGGUGUAAAAACACCGAUGGGCGGUGUAAUUACUGGAUGCCUGGUGCUUUUGGCGUGCGGUCUUCUGACCUCGACUUUCGAAUUCAUCCCGAAAGCAACACUCGCUGCAGUGAUUAUAGUUGCCAUGUACUACAUGCUUGAACUUCAUAUUUUCAUCGUGCUAUGGAGGACCAAAAAGAUCGAUUUGAUACCUUUGACGGUGACUUUGUUGAGCUGCUUGGCAAUUGGUCCAGAAUACGGCAUGAUUGCUGGAAUCGCGGUAAAUCUAAUUCUCCUGCUCUAUUUCGCGGCCAGGCCUGGAUUAUUGAUCGAGGAACGUGUUGUCGAUGGGCUGACAAUUCUGUUUGUAUCACCGAAACAAUCAUUGAGCUAUCCGGCCGCGGAAUAUCUUCGUGAACGUGUGAUGUCGUGGUGUGACGGGAGGGCAGAAACUAUUCCCGUGAUAGUGGAAGGUCGUCACGUGCUUCGAAUAGAUGCAACUGUCGCCAAGAACCUUGCUUUGCUUCUGGUCGACUUGGAGGCCAGGGAUCAGAAGCUCGUCUUCUGGAAUUGGUGCGAGGAAGCCAGGCGAACUUUGAUAAGCUACGACGCAUCCCUGACGAUGUCUUUCAGGACUUCCGGCAGCAUAGCACAAAUAUUUUCAGGUAGAGUCGUAUCACCUUACGUUCCACGCGAGUGAAAUUCUGAAUCUAAUGAAUGCACGGAACACUUUCCUUGGAAUGCGCCCAACCGUGUUCAACGAGAGCCGCCGCUUCUUCUUUUCAACGAAAUAUACGCGUCUCUAAUGAAGCCUCCUGGAACGUUGAACAUAUAUUAUUUCAUGGUUAAAAGACACGCUUUCGUUGAGAGAUUAGUACUUCCUGCAGCUUCGGCCGCUUUCAAUUUCACUUUCGAUCCACCCGACGAUCUGUUGAAGUCGUGCGAAUCUUGCAAACGGUCUCUUAGGGUAAGUGCCGUUUCAAGCGACGUCUAAACCAAUGAUUUUUAUGAAACCACGAGCAACCAGCGCUCUAUCUUUUUUUCUUUUUUCACCUUAGAUCUAAGGGAAUAAAAGCGACACGGUUUUAGGUAAUAUAGAAGGGGGGGAAAAAUGAAUUUAACGACUCGUACGUUACGGUAACGUCGUUACACGAAAACCCUUAAUUGCAAUCUCAUUAGAAGGAAAUUAAACAACAUUAGCUUUAAGGAUCUCCGCGGUCAAUUCAAUCUGUAUAUUGCAGAGUCGUCGUUGCAUUACUUUAAAUUAGCCUCGUACUUAGCUAGUAUCA